AUGAAAGUCUGUACCACAAGUUAUUUGUGCUUAUGCUGCCUCUCUGUGAUACUUAAAUAAGUUUUUUAAUCCGCGGUCCGGGUAUAGAAACCCAAUUCUCUUCCCGUUCUUCUAUUACCCUGUCUUAUUCCCAUAGGCACCCAAUUCGAUGAAGAAAUUGUCUAAGCGACAAAAAAGGAGGUGUUUUAGGAGUUCACCUACCUAUUUUUAUUUAAAAAGAAAGAAAGAUAAAUAAAAUCAAAAGAAAGAUAAAAAAAUUAAAAAAGAGAUAAAAAAUAAAAAGAUAAAGAAAAAGAAAAAGAAUAAAAAGACUUAACUAUUAAAUAAAUCAAGAAGACAUAAAAUAAAUAAACAAACAAACAAAAAAGCAUACAUAUUCAUAAAAAGAAAAGCUAACAAUUAAAAAUAAGAUAAAAAACAAAUAAAGAUAAAUAAAAUAAAAGCAAAUCACAUUUAAAAAACAAUGUAAUAUAGUCAUGCUUACUUUACGCUCUUUCCUUGUUUUAAUUUUGA